AUGGGACUCUCAGGAUAUGUUUUAGGUUUCUUUCUACUUGUUUCUGUGAUUUUCUUUGUGGGUCAUGGGGACCCUCUUGUUCCUGCAUUGUGCAUUUUCGGGGACUCUGUAGUUGAUGUAGGAAACAACAACAAUCUUCGAACCCUUAUCAAGGCAAAUUUCCCACCUUAUGGAAGAGACUUUGUCACCCACAAACCUACAGGGAGGUUCUGUAAUGGCAAGCUAGCCAUAGACUUCACUGCUGAGUACCUUGGGUUCACUUCGUACCCACCAGCAUACCUUAGCCAAGAUGCCAAAGGAAAUAACCUCUUGGCUGGUGCCAACUUUGCCUCUGCUGCUUCUGGUUAUUAUGAUAGGACUGCUCAGCUCUAUCGUACCAUUACACUGCCCCAGCAGCUAGAAUAUUACAAGGAGUGGCAAAACAAAGUGGUGGGGAUAGUGGGUAAAGCCAGAGCAAAUGCCAUAUUCUCAGGUGGAAUCCACCUCUUGAGUGCAGGAAGCAGUGAUUUCGUUCAGAAUUACUACAUCAAUCCAAUGCUCAACAGAGCCUUCACACCUGAUCGCUUCUCAGACACUCUCAUGCAGUCCUACUCUACUUUUAUUCUGGUCUUACACUUCAUAUUCCUUCUUACUCUACUUACUUCACUAGCGUCUCAUCUGUAUGGGCUGGGAGUGAGGAAGAUCGGAGUUACAACCCUACCACCAACCGGAUGUUUGCCGGCGACAAUCACUUUGUUCGGUGACGGAAGCAACCAGUGUGUCGGAAGGCUCAACCGCGAUGCCGUUUCGUUCAACAAGAAGCUAAACAUGACAUCCCAAGAUCUGCAGAACAAGCUUCCUGGUCUUAAACUUGUGGUCUUUGACAUCUAUCAACCCCUCUUCGAUAUGGUCACAAAGCCCUCUGAUAAUGUCCAACUUGGUAAGUCUAUAGAAAUUGGCUUUCGCCAUGUUUGGCCUGAUUUACUUGGUCCGAUGAAGGCCCACACAUGUGGUCCAUUGGAUAAGAUCAUGGCCCAGCCCAUGAGGCUUAAUAGGUCGAACUUGUUGAAGAAAGAUGAAGAACUAAAAACAUUAGACCCAUGA